GGGAGUGAAUUAAAGACAGAGGGCAGCAGAGCUCCUAAACCCGACUGCUCGGGAUGCGUUCGGCACUGAGGAGUUUCUGAUACUCUCCAGCCGUUUGAGGAGGAUUUGCAUGGCUUUACAACUCACGCAGUAAGACUUUCUGCGCUUCUUCAAUCGCUGCGCAGUAGCGCGUCAAGGAAAGUUAGUGGCACUUUGCGCGCAUAGCGAGUUUUUGGAUUGUUAUUCCGAUGGUUGACAAGUCGUUGGAUGAGGAGGUGAGCAUGCUGUAAUACAUGAAGAUGCACCAGAGGUCGUGGCUCUUUAAAUGGUUGGGAAUAGGCAUUGGCGUUCUUCUGCUCACCGCUGCUAGCUAUUCUCAAGAUUCAGAAGACUGGCAGUAUGAGGAGUGCAAGCUCUCCAGAACAGGCCCGCCUGCAACCAUUGUAGCCAUAGAUGAGGAGAGUCCUAAUGGAACCCUUCUGGUGGAGAACAUGCAGAUAAACGGGAGAGCAGAAGACCCUGACAGGACCAUCUCUUUAUCUCUACGGGACAACCAUGACUACUGGGUCAUUCUGGACCCGGUCAAGCAAUGCCUGUAUCUCAACAGCACCGGACGAGUUCUGGACCGAGAUCCUCCCUCCUACAUUCAUUCCAUUGUGGUGCAGGUUCAGUGUACUAAUGAGCUUGUUGGCACGGUGAUCCUACACGAGGUGCGGAUAGUCGUACGGGAUCGAAAUGACAACCCCCCACGCUUUCAGCAGCCGCGCUACUAUGUUGCGAUUUAUGAGCUAACGCCUGUCGGAACCACCAUCUUCUCAGGUUUUACAGGGAACAAUGGGGCUGUUGACAUUGAUGAUGGUCCUAACGGACAAAUUGAAUACACCAUUCAGUACAACCCUAAAGAUCCGACCACAAACAGGACAUUCGACAUCCCUCUCACCCUGUCUGGAUCAGUGGUUCUGAGAGAGAGGCUGAAUUAUGAAGAGAUCACACGCUACCUGGUCAUCAUUCAGGCCAACGACCGAGCUCCAAACCCGAAGGACCGGCUCACCGCCACCACCACACUCACAGUGGAUGUGUUGGACGGGGAUGACCUGGGCCCAAUGUUUCUGCCUUGCAGCCUGGUAGACAACACCCGUGACUGCAAACCUCUUACGUACCGCGCCAGCAUCCUGGAGCUCACAGAUCCGAGCCGAGUAAACCCUGUCAACGUGACUCCUCCCAUUCAAGCUGUGGAUCAAGACAGAAACAUCCAGCCUCCGUCAGACCGCCCAGGAAUCCUGUACUCGAUUCUCAUCGGGAAACCUGCAUCAUAUGCAGAGUAUUUCUCCUUAAAUCGGACCACAGCUGAGCUCCAGCUCCUGAAGCCCAUCAGCAGGGAGCAGUACCAGCAUUUUGACUUGGUAAUCAAGGCAGAGCAAGAUAAUGGACACCCUCUUCCGGCAUUCGCUAAUCUCCACAUUGAGGUGCUUGAUGAGAACAAUCAGACGCCGUACUUCCAGGUGGCCACUUAUCAUGGAUUCAUCUCAGAGGCUGCUCCGCUGGGCACCACUAUCUCGAGCAGUGCCAAUCUCUCCACCCCCCUCGCCAUUAUCGCCCUGGAUAACGACAUUGAGGAGACGAAAGAUCCCAUGGUGCACAUCUCUCUGGACAACUACAACAGCAUCUUUGCAGUGACGCCCAGUGGGAUCGCACGCUACCUGACACUACUGAGGCCCGUGGACCAUGAAGAACAGCCGAGUUAUGCCUUCACGAUGACUGCCUCAGAUGGGGUUCAGGAGAGCUUUCCAGUCACUGUUAAUAUCACUGUGAUUGACGCCAAUGACAACACGCCUGCCUUCCUCAACGUCUCCUAUAGUGUGAAUGUUUAUACAGACAUGCAGCCUGGAGACACAGUCUUACAGCUGGCAGCAGUGGACGCUGAUGAGGGUCCCAACGGGUUGGUGAGCUACAGAAUCUUGGCGGGGGAUCAGGGACACUUCACCAUCAAUGACUACACAGGAAUGAUCACCGUGCUGCCCGGUGUCAACCUGACCGUGGGCCGCUCCUACGCCCUCACUGUUAGGGCCUCUGACAAUGGCCCUGCGUCCCAGAGAAGAAGUUCCAUCACUACGGUGUAUAUCGAAGUGCUGCCCCCCAACAAUCAGAGUCCUCCCCGUUUCCCUCAGCUCAUAUACAGCCUGGAGGUCAAUGAGGCCAUGAGGACUGGAGCCACACUGCUCAAUAUACAGGCAACCGACCGUGAAAGAGAUCCCAUUACAUAUACCAUCCUGAGAGGAGAUCCAAACAACGUCUUUGAAGUCUCCCAAACGUCUGGCCUGUUGUUGUUGACGAAGACGCUGGACAGAGAGAUCACGGAUCACUACACGCUAACGGUCACGGCCUCCGAUGGCAAACCAGAUGGGACCUCGACUGCUACGGUGAAUAUAGUGGUGACUGAUGUCAAUGAUAAUGACCCUGAGUUCGAUCCUCUGCUGCCCCUUAAUCUCAUAGUUCAAGAGGGAGAGGCGAAUGCUUUUGUGGGUCAAGUAAAGGCUACUGAUCUGGACCUGGGCGUUAACGGGCAGGUCCGAUACCAACUGGUCAGUCACAGAGAUCUCUUCAGGAUCAGCACUGAUGGCAGCAUCUUCACAGCUGUGCCUCUGGACCGUGAGGAAAGGGCUCAGUAUGAUUUGGUUGUGCAGGCUUCGGAUGGGGCCAAGGACCCUCGCCGGACCACUGUCAUACUCUCCAUCAAAGUGCUGGACAUGGAUGACAACAGCCCAGCCUUCUCCCAGCCUGCGUAUCACGUCACACUGCCAGAAAACAGCCCAGUGGGCAUGAUCAUCCUCAGUAUCAGUGCACUGGACCCUGAUCUGGAUGCCAACGUCACGUACCGUAUCAGGACUGAGGAGGCCAGAGAGCUGUUUGCAGUGAACCCUCUCACCGGAGAGCUGAAGGUGCUUCACUCACUUGAUUUCGAGAAACUCUUACCGAACGGGACAACACGGACCUUCGUGGUGGAGGCUGUGGAUGGCGGAAGCGGCAAAAUGCCUCCGGGGUUGGCCUCUGUUACUGUCACUGUAUUGGACAUGAACGACUUCCCACCAGUGUUCAGUCAAACGCUGUACCGGGGAAUGGUGGCACCCAAUGCAAUCAAAGGGACCAUAGUGACCACCGUACAUGCUGAGGACCUGGACCCACUGGGUACAGCGGCUAGUCGAGUUCACUAUAAAGUGGAUUUGGAGCAGUUUCCUUACAGCACUAGUAUCUUCGAUGUGGAGGAGACCUCGGGCAAUGUUCUCACCAGGGUCAAUCUGAAUGAGGAGCCCAACACUAAAUUCAGUUUGGCAGUUAUUGCCUACGAUGACGGGGAGCCGGUGAAGUUCAAUAAGACUCUGGUGGAGAUCACUGUCCUGCAGCCGUCCAUCAUUCCUGUGUUCACGCAGGAGGAGUACAGGUUCUCUCCGGUCAGCGAAAACGCCCCCGUGGGAAUGGUCGCAGGAGUCAUCUUGGCGGCUGCCAUAAACCAGACCAUUGUCUACUCCAUCAUUGAAGGAAAUGAAGGCGGCAACACAGCAAAGGUCUUCAUUGAUGUGCAAGAUGAGAAUGACCAUCCUCCUGAGUUCACUAAGCCCUUUUACCUCGGUGGGGUUGCAGAGGAUGCCAAGACCUUCACCUCUGUUUUACAGGUCCAGGCUGUGGAUAAAGACACAGGGAAUUAUAGCGCCAUGCUGUACAGGCUGAUUAUCCCCCCAACUACUGACGGUAAAGACGGCUUUGUUAUUGAGCCCUUCACAGGAGUAAUUAAGACAGCCAUCAUGUACAGAAACAUGCGGCGCUCCUACUUUAAAUUUGACGUGGUUGCUACCGACGACUACGGGGAGGGACUCAGCAGCAGUGCUCAAGUGGUGGUGUCUGUGGUUAACCAACUGGACAUGCAGGUGGUCGUAUCCAACGUGUCGCCCACUGUAGUUGAACAGAACAAGGAUCAGCUGAUUGGGAUUUUAGAGCGCUAUGUCCAGGACCAGAUUCCAGGAGCUAAAGUUGUUGUGGAGUCGAUCGGGCCGCGUCGUUUUGGCGAGGGUUAUGAACAGGAGGACUACUCAAAAUCUGACCUGAUGGUUUAUGCAAUCGACCCUCUGACCAACAGAGCUCUCUCAAGACAGGAGCUCUUCAAGUUUUUAGAUGGGAAGUUAUUGGACAUGAAUAAGGAGUUCCAGCCCUAUCUAGGUCGCGGAGGACGCAUUCUGGAGAUCCGCACGCCAGAUGUGGUGGAGAGCGUGAAGAAGGCGGUUCAGUCUGUUGGAUACACCGAAGGAGCCCUGCUGGCCCUGUCCGUCAUCAUCAUCAUGUGCUGUAUCCCAGCCAUCCUCAUCGUCAUCAUCACGUACCAACAAUUCAAAGAACGGCAGGCAGAGUGCGCAAAAGCAGCCAGGAUCCAAAUGGCGCUACCUACUGGCAAAUCCGGAGGUGCUGCCACCAACAAUCUGUAUGAAGAACUCGGCGACAGCACCAUGAGAGGCUACGGGCAUCAGGAGCAACAGCAGUUGCUUCGGCCCUCUCUCUUGAGACCAGAGGAACUCUCUAUGGAGUCUGGUAUCGACCCGGGACAGGACUAUUAUACACAGGAUUACUAUAAUUAUGACCAUGGCUAUGACUUGCCUCAGUAUGGGAGUCGUCGGAAGUUGAUCUCUCCAGCAGGGAUGUAUGAUGAAUAUGGAGAGGUGAUCAUGGAAGAUGACGGCAGCUACUACUACAGUCCACACGAAUCCGAGGGAGAGUAUGGUAGAAAAAAGAGGAUCAAGCUUAUUGUAGACCGUGAAUACGAGACCAGUUCAACUGGAGAAGAAAGUGCACCUGAAUCACACAGGAACCGCCUAUCUAAUGUGAACAGCCACAGCAACAUUAAUGGUAGCAUAUACUUGGCUCAGAACGGCUCAAUAAUCCGGACACGACGGGUUGUGCACACCAACAACAUCAAGCUCAACUCUCCAGUACGACUGGGAAAGCACUUUAAGAAACUGGAUAAACUUGCUGUUACACAUGAAGAGCGAAUUCCUUUAAACAGCCCCGUAAUCACAGGCGCCUCAGUAGGUGAACAGAACCUCACAACCAGGCCUUCCAGUGGGUCCCUGGCCUCCAGCACUACAGGCCCAGACAGUAUAGCUUCAAAAUCAAACGUGGCGAAAGGAGGGGGUGAAAGAAUACAAAAUGGUGAUGAACAAGAGACCACAGUGGACAAUCAGGAAAUGAGGGACCCUUUAGGAUCACAUAGUGACCGCACCCAGUCAGAUGAGGAGGAGCUCUGGAUGGGGCCUUGGAAUAACCUGCACAUACCAAUGACAAAACUGUGACUUCUGACAUGCAGAUGCUCUAUUGUCUUAAAGAAUAAUG